GAGGUUCUCCCGAACCCCUGCGAAUCCCCAGCAGCCCACCCCUGCCCCUCAACCCCAAAGGCAGGUCCAGGGGAUGGUUUGGUAACUGGCAAAUAUUUUACCCUCUUUUCUAUUUCAUGUUUUUCAACCAUGUUUUGGGAAAUAGAGAUACUUGAUUUCUUCUCUGCCUAUCCAGCCAAAGUUUCAGGGAUCAGAUCAAAGAGAGGCUGCAACAUUAUCUUGUUUUUUUUUAAAAUUAAUUUGCUUUUAAGAUUUCCCCCUCCCCUAAACAAACAGUGCCCAACUUAACUUGGUGCCUUGGUCAUUGCCACUUUCACCUUGUUGGAAAGCUGCCCCCCCCGCCCCCCAGACACUUGCUGUCGGCCAUAAAAACCCUCCAGUUUUCCAACUUAGGCAGAGCAAAGGGACAGUUUCUUUUCUUUUCUGUGUUCUCCUCCUCCUCCUCCUCUUUUUCUACUACUUUUCUGAGCUCCGUUGCACCUGGUUUGUGCUUCGUGGUUAGGCGUGGGGGCCCUGAGGUUUCCGGUUGCUGUUGUGCACUCCUUGUCUCAACGCUGGGGCUGAUUGCACAAUCUCACAUCAUAUUUUCGGAGGCUGGCGUACCCACCCACCCACCAACUCACCUCUCUGCCGAGAUUCCCUGUAAGGGGCACAGAAUGGAGCGCCCUCAAACUCAAUAGGCACUGCGAGCCUACAUGUAAGAGGAGUUCUUCUGAAGGAUCAUUGGGGCAGCUGGAAUGCUGGGUGAGGGGGCCUGUUCAUGGGAUGAGGAUGGAGAGCAAAUAGGUUCUUUGGAGUCCAAGGAGCAGAAGAUAUUUUGUGCCACUCAAACUUUGGGAUUUCUUUACCUGCAAGAAAUUUCUCCAAGCAAGCCGGCCAUCCCAUAAGAGACCCCUGCAAAGCAAUAUGGAGUCCUGGCAAGAAAGCUGGAGGGAUAACCCGGUGCAAAUGGUCCCUGUUGGAGCAGAGAUUGAAGGAACAGACUUUUUGGAAGAGUACAGGAAGAUUUUCCAAGAUGAUUUUGGUGACAUAGGUUCCUGGUUUCUACCAGAAAAUGAGAUGGAGCAGCAGCUGCCAAGCUGGACUGGUGGAAGUUACCUUGCUGAACUGGAAGGCUUUGAGAAGACAGUGCCAAUCCAUGAAUCCCUUGGCUUAAAAGGUUUUCCUGAAUACACCAAGACCAUUGUGGAAUUGAAACAGGUUUCUUCUGAUCCAGACUAUAGGGAACCGUACCAUGGUGCUUCAAGAAUGGUGCUCCAACAAGACAGUGUCCUCCACAGCCUCGAGGGCUCCACCUGCCUCCCGGUUGCUCCUCAGCCUUGCUUUGUUCGGUAUCCCGAUUCUCCUGGAGAACAGGUGUCUUCUGCUCAGCUUCCUCCCGGAGAUCAGCAAGAACAGCAGAAGGAAGAACAUUGGGUUGAGUCCCUUGGCCCCGAUUCAGGCAGCCAAUCCAGUGCCUUGGAUAGCGAUUCUUGUCAAUGCGAUUCACCAAUCAGGAGCCAGAAAAAACGGGAACGCAGAGACCAGGCUGACAGCAAGAACACCAAUACUUCACCUAGAGAUCGGGCAGGGGCCGGACCCAUUCAAUUAUGGCGCUUUCUGCUGGAGCUCCUGCAAGAUGGCUCCUGCCAAGCCCUCAUCCGCUGGACAGGGAACGACUGGGAAUUCAAGCUCUGUGACCCACACGAGGUGGCCAGGCGCUGGGGCAAGCGUAAGAACAAGCCCCGCAUGACGUACGAGAAACUGAGUCGGGGGCUGCGUUACUAUUACCACAAGAACAUCAUUCACAAGACCAGCGGGCAGCGUUACGUCUACCGCUUCGUUUGCGACAUCCAGGGCCUGCUGGCCGAAUUGGAUAAGAAGUUGCAGAUUUAGCAUGCAACCGUCUUAAAAAAAAAAGAGAACCUUUUCUUCAUUCCUUAAAACCUCGGAAGAGAAAGCAGGACCAGCUCCCUCGGUGAAGACUCUGGUCUCCUUUUAAGCUACGUCUAAAACAAGAAGGGGUGUGAGAAAUGCUGACGGUGGGCUGAAGAGUAGGGGGAAGACCCUCUCUGGAUGGGGCAGGGCAAACAACCCCCCCCCAAAACAGUGGGAUUUUUUUUCUGGGGGGCGGGGAAGUUAUUGCUUUGGUGGGGUGGGGUAGGUAAAAAUAAUCCCCCCCCCCAAAAAUAGAAUUGGGGUCUUGAUCCUAGCUGAAGGCAGGGGGGCAGCCAAUCACCCUGGCUAAAAGUGGUAGAACGGGGUCUCCAACCUUGGCAACUUUAAGCCUGGAAGAAUUCUGGGAGUUGAAGUCCGCCAGGCUUAAAGUUGCCAAGGUUGGAGACCCCUGGUAUAAAAUAUUAGCGGAGGUUUGGAAAGCAUGGCUCUUACUUCUCUUGAUUCAAGGAGUAAAAACCGGCAAUAUUUGAUCAGCAUGAAAUAUCUCGAUUUUCACAGACAUUUUGGAGGAGGAUUACCAUUCUUGAAGCUAUCUGCUCCCUCCCUCCCAACACACACACACACACACACACCCCAUUCCCCUCCUUCUCCUUUAGGCAUUAUUAAACCAUUUAAAAUAGGGCUACGCUUCUCAUAGAACGGAAAAAGAGAUUCUCCGUAGCUCUUUUGAACUCCUUUUGGUGGUGGUGGUGAGAGGCAUGGCCCCUUCCCAAUUGCUUGUAAGCAGACCUUAAGUAUCUGCUUCCGUUUGUGCCUUCAUAAGGAAGACGGGUGAGCUGGCUUUUUAAAAACAGCCGCUGCUGUUUUUUAAGAGGUCAAAAUUAUAUCCGUCUUCAAGUCAGAAAUCUUUGUACAUAGCGGUUAGAAAAAAAUGCCGAUUUUCUUUUUGCUGUACUGAUUGUAAACUAUGUCGGUUCUGAAAGUUGGCAGUUUGGAACCCAAAAUAAAGUUUAAAAA